AUGGUAGAUGAGUAUUCAAUUGAUAUGAGAGAUUAUGAAGCAUACCUCGAAAAGAGCGUUGUGGUCAUGCUCAGAGACAAAAGGCAUUUGUAUGGAAUAAUGAAAUCAUUUGACCAAUUUAACAGCAUAACCUUAGACAAAGUUGUCGAGAGGAUCUUCCAUAACGACAAAUAUGCAGAAAAAAUACAUCAGCUAUUCAUCAUAAGAGGAGAAAACAUCUCAAUUAUAGGAUUGGGUAGUUUUGACAUCCCUUCAAACUUAAGCCUGACAGAUUUUGAUGUGCUAAGCAAUGAAAUGUCAACAUCAGCUCAAGGUUGUCAAGACAAUACACACUCCGCCAAUGAGCAAUAA